AUGCCGGUCAGUGGUGGAUUGCGCAAAAGUUCUCAGGUCUCAUCCCAACUUCGCGAUCCUCCCCCUCUCUCUUUCCGUGAACCGCCCCCUCCCUCUUCAUCGCCUCCGUCGAGUUCCGGCGUAAUCGCGUUUGCGCCUCAUUGUGCCAUCCUCCCCAUACCCGACCUCCUUGUGCGAUUCCCGCAACUGGAUCAGGGAGAGAUCUUCUCCCUCCAGGAUGCAUUCCGUCGCCUCGAUGUCGAAGAUCGUGGCUACCUGGACGAAGCGUCCGUCAUCAAGGCGGCGCAGCAAUCGGAACGGCAACCGUACGAUGUCGUGCGCCAGACCUUGAAGGGCGUGGAGCUGGACAGCUCCCGCCGGGUCGAGCUGGAGGACUACGUUGAUCCAGCCCCCGCCGCCGUUAUCCAAGCAGCCGGCGCCGGCGCCGGUGCCGGUGCAGGAGGUGCUCGUCACGUCUCCAAGGGAAGCGUCGGUGGUGGUCGCAUCCACGUUCAAGGGUCUUCUGCAAAUGUCACCCACACCAUUAACGAGGAUGAGCGCACCGAGUUCACGCGGCAUAUCAAUGCGGUGCUGGCUGGGGACCCCGACAUUGGCGACAAGCUGCCCUUCCCCACCGACACCUUUGAGAUGUUCGACGAGUGUAAGGACGGUCUCGUCCUGGCCAAACUGAUCAACGACAGUGUACCGGAUACGAUUGACGAGCGAGUGUUGAACAAGCCCGGGAAGAAGAUCAAGCGGCUGAACGCCUUCCACAUGACCGAAAACAACAACAUCGUGAUCAACUCGGCCAAGGGUAUCGGCUGUUCCGUGGUCAACAUUGGCAGUGGCGAUAUCAUCGAGGUUCGCGAGCACUUGAUCUUGGGUCUGAUCUGGCAGGUCAUUCGUCGUGGUCUGUUGGGCAAGAUCGAUAUUAAGCUUCACCCUGAAUUGUAUCGCCUGCUGGAGGAGGAUGAGACCCUCGAACAGUUCCUGCGUCUGCCCCCAGAGCAGAUUCUGCUGCGUUGGUUCAACUACCACCUGAAGAAUGCCAAAUGGGAGCGACGAGUGACCAACUUCUCUACCGAUGUCAAGGACGGUGAGAAUUACACAGUUCUCCUGAACCAAUUGGCGCCCGAUGUGUGCUCCCGUAGCCCCCUGCAGACCAAAGACCUGCUUCAGCGUGCCGAGCAGGUGCUCGAUAAUGCGGAGAAGCUGGACUGCCGCAAGUUCCUGACCCCGACUUCCUUGGUUGCUGGAAACCCCAAGCUGAACCUCGCCUUUGUGGCCAACCUCUUCAACACUCACCCUGGUCUGGAUCCCAUCACCGAGGAGGAGAAGCUUGAGGUGGAAGACUUUGACGCGGAAGGUGAACGCGAAGCCCGUGUCUUCACUCUCUGGCUGAACUCGUUGGACGUGCAACCGGCGGUCAACUCACUCUUUGAUGAUCUGCGUGAUGGUACCAUUCUGCUGCAGGCGUACGACAAGGUGAUUCCCGGCAGUGUCAACUGGCGACAUGUCAACAAGCGGCCCGCCUCGGGCGGUGAGAUGAUGCGCUUCAAGGCCGUGGAGAACACCAACUACUCGAUCGAGCUCGGCAAGCACCACGGCUUCUCCUUGGUUGGAGUGCAGGGGGCCGAUAUCACCGACGGCCAGCGCACGCUCACCCUGGGUCUGGUGUGGCAGUUGAUGCGUCGCGACAUCACCCGCACGCUGUCUGCGCUUGCCGAGCGUCUGGGCAAGCGGGAGAUUACCGAUGCGGAGAUGAUUCGCUGGGCCAACGACAUGUCCAAGAGCGGGGGUCAAGGCAGCGCCAUCCGCAGCUUCAAGGACCCCUCGAUCGGUACCGGCCGCUUCUUGCUGGAUGUGCUGAAUGGAAUGAAGAGCAGCUACGUGGACUACGACCUGGUGACCCCCGGUCGCUCCGACGAGGAGGCCUACGCGAAUGCCAAAUUGAGUAUCAGUAUUGCCCGCAAGAUGGGUGCGACGAUCUGGUUGGUGCCGGAGGAUAUCUGCCAAGUGCGCUCUCGCCUGGUGACCACUUUCAUCGGUUCGCUCAUGGCUACGCACGAGAAGAUGUAA